CUAGAGAACAGGAUUUUCUCCCUUCGCCUUGUGGAAGCGCCGCUUUUCCUUCGUCGGCCUUUUCAACUGCAAGGAAUUCAAUGAAUCCGCCCGACUUUCAGCCUAGGUCUACUCAAUGGCGAAAUCUCUGCCAAAAUGGUUUCGGUCAGCGGGGUCUCCUCUAGACAAGCAAGCGUAUACACAACAUCUUUUCUGAACCGUUACUUAAACCUAAGACUUUGGAUCACAAUUAACAGAAUCUAGAAUAACGUUUCAUAAAGUUGGUUCUAUUUUCCAGACUGACUGGGAAUUCUGGGAGUUGUAGUUGCGGCAAUCUAGUGUAAUGCAGUAUAGAGUCUAUAACGCUUAACAUUCUAGCGGGUGAAACAUUAUUUCCACCUCAACCCAAUUUUUUACUUUCAAUUUCUGGCAACAGCAUUCAUUCUGGCACUGAAGUGCUUCCAGUAGUGUGUUUUUGUGCGUGUCCGUGGCUUUUCAAGCUGCACUGAAGUGUGUGUUGGAAUCAAAUGUAUGGCUGGAAAUACUUCGAAGUGCACAUUUACGUGUGCGUGUGUUUGUAUUUUACCUCAAUUCUUGGCUGUGAUCACUCAACACAUUGAACCACAAGCUAACCGACCUUAUUUUUAGCCUAGUAUAUUAUACAAAUCCAAUUCAUGAGGUAAGUGUAUUAUUAGCUGCAAUUAUUUACAUGUCACCUGUCAGAAUAAUCAUUUCAAAGGGGUUUAACUGUAUAAACGAUUGUAAAUAAAAAUGUAACAAAUGUGAUGAAACAUUAGUUAAACUUCUUAGGAUCCUUUCUACAGAGGUAUUGGAAUUAAAGGCCCACUUGAAGGAAGAGGUCAGCUAAACAAUCUUGGAUGAUGAUUUUUUUCCCUAACUUUCUCUCUGAAUAUAUGCACCUUAAAACAGCCAGACACUAGAUUAACAGUGACUGGGUGAGUCAUCCAAAUGCAAACUUGCAGAUUAAGCAUCAGUCUUGUAAAGAGAGACUAAGGGAGCUGAAAAUAUUUUUAAAAAAUUAUUAUUAUUUAAAAAUGCAUCCAUAUUGUAUGUAGACAGUGUUGAUUCUGGGCAUCGUUCAUAUUAAUCCAAAUUACAAUAAUAUUAGUAAUCUUUCUCACAUUUAUCAAAUUUAGGUGAUCUUCAUAAGACUAUUUAACCAGCAGGGGAAAAAAUGCCUAACAUCUAUAAACCUCUAUUCUAUUAUUCUAUUAUUUUUGUUUAUUUUAUUAAAAUAUACGUUCUAAUAUUUCCCCUAUCUAAUUUUAUAUCUACUUUUAUCAGCUUACAAGCUCCCUUAAUGUUAAAAAGGCAAUUUUUUCUAUCCAUCUUUAUGUUCUCCUCUUUAGUGUUUCAAAUUUUAUCCAUUUUUUCACUUGUCUCCUGAGUAAAAGUAAAAAAGACGAGUAAAAACAUGGGAGCUGAAAAUCUUUAGCACUAUUAUAAAAUAUAACAGAAAGGGAAGAUGAUAGCUGUCUUCUCUGCAAUAUCUCUUCAGAAGCACCCCACAAUAAAUAAUGGUUUUAAGUUACAGAGAAGAUUUGGGUUGAAUGUCAGGGACAGCUUUUCAACCAAAAAAAUUUACAAACAUAUCAGGAGGAUAUGAAAUUAGAGAUCACUAUACAGGUAGUCCUCAACUUACAACUACAAUUGAGCCCAAAAUUUCUGUUGUUAUAAAUGCUAAAACAUUUAUAAAGUGAGGUUUGUCCCUUUUAUUCUUCCUUCCUUAUUUAUUUAUCCUUCCUUGCCACAGUUGUUAAGUUAGUAACACGGUUGAUAAGUGAAUCUGUCCCCAUUGACUUUGUUUAUCAGAAGGUUGCGAAAUGAUCCUGGGACAUUGCAACUGUUAUAAAUAUGAGUCAAUUGCCAAGCAUUUGAAUUUUGAUCAAAUGACCAUGAGCAUGCUACAACGGUCAUAUGUAUGAAAAAUGGUUUUAAAUCACUUUUUUCAGUGCCAUUAUAACUUAAAACAGUCAUUAAAUGAACUGUUGUAAGUUGAAGAAUAUCUGUAUUAGUGGAAUCUGUGGCUAAAUAGUUUAUGUUUCCUUUACAUAAUACAAAGUUCAGAAAAUGGGAAAUAUGUUAUUCAUAUGAGCCUCAUAUGUUCAUGACUUGAAAUCUGGAUCCUCCCAGAAGCAGCUGUUUUAAGUUCACAGGAAGUUGAACUGAAACCACAAAAUGAGCUGGAAUCUCCUAUGCAAUAUUUCCCACAUUCUAAUAAUUUCAUAAAUUUCUGAAGAAAGAAAAGCAAGAAAAAGCCUUAUUUUAUUGGGUGGCUUCUGACUCAUAGGCACAAGCAGGUUUUUUUCUCCUAAAUGUAAUAGUAAGAAUUGUCACACUAGUGAUGAAUAGCUUUUAAAGUCAACUUUGUGUUAUUUCUAUUAGAGAAUGAAUACAAGAGAGGCAUUUUAAUGAGAGCAUUUGGUCAAUACAAAUUUAACUCUCAUAAUUUUCAAAUUCCAUGGCUGGAAUUAUAAUCUAGCAUAUGGGUUCCAAGCUUCAUUAAAUGUUUUCUUUUCUAGAAAUUGCCAGGAUUCCAAGCAGUAUUUAUCUAGUUCUUAAUAUUCAAGAUGCUGAAUUAUAAAAUGUUUAUUUGAACAGCAAACUGUCCUUUACCAAUUGUACUCAAAUGAAUUUUGAAAUUGGGUUUCAAAAGCAGUUUCUAGUUAAACAAUACAAAUACACCAUUAGAAUAACUCUUUGGAUUGUGUAAAGCAAAUAACAUUUUAGAAGCCACAGUAAAUUUUUGAAUGAAAGUAAAAUACUGUUAUUGUAAUAAAAUAAUUUCAUAUCUCUAAAUCACUGGAUUUAGAGAUUGCUGAUUGCUAGUUAAAAUAAAUCAUGUGAUGAUAUUUUUUAUUUUGUCUAACCAUUCAUGUGUCCAGAAAACAGUUCACCACAAAGCAUUACAGAAGUUAAGCAGUAUUUUCUUCCUAUCACCCUUUUCCAUCUUUGGGGAAGGGUAGAGGGCAUGUAUGGGAAGCGUACACACAUUCCUGCAGAAAAGCUCUAUGUGUAAAGUAAACACCCACACCUUGCAGUCCUAUGUUUACUCUAAACUAUCUGCUGGUGAACAAGUAUUUAACACCAAAUUCUUCAAUUUGUAUGAUAUUGGUAGCUUAUACUGCUUCAUCUUGCAGAUAUAUUAUGCACAAAAAUUAUGUCUCAUAGCCUCAUGUCCAGAAUAAGAAGUGAUAAAACAUUAACAGACUUUAUACAUCAUGAAUCUCAGUAGAGGUAGUGUUGACUUUAAAAGGUAAAUACUGAAUUUAUAUUGGUACAUUUAAUUAUGACUUUAGAGUAUCUUAUUGAUGGACUGGGAUAAGAUAAAAGCAAUGUGAUGCAAAUAAAGGGGAUGAUUGAGUUUGUUAUGAUAUUAUGAUUCAGUGAGACAGGGCCUGAAUCAAAAACAGCCAGACUUCUGUACAACCUGUCAAAGGGAAUUUGUCCCACUAGUUAGAAGUUUUCGUAAAUUGCCCUGAAAAUGUAAUUUUGUAGUUAUGUAUGAAUUAAGAUUAUUGUUUUGCUAGAAACACUAUAGUCAUAUGAGACUGAAUGUUCUGUGUUUUAAGAGCAAUGCUGUUUGCUAUCAGCUGCCAGUCAGAUGAUUCAGCAGAUCCAGGACAUAAAGCCAGAUCUAGCAGAGAACCAUAAGGCAACUGAAGUCUUGUGAUUUCAUUCUUAAUUGCCUUGAACAGUUGGGUUUGACUGCCCUUUUAUCAUCUGCAAGUUCUGAAUGGCCAUGAAAUGUACUAUAUGGUAAAAGAAAUGGGUCUUGAAAGUUAAUGAGUCUGAAUAAGGCGCAUCAAUGUGGAAGCAUCGGCUUCAUACGUUUUAGGGACAGAUCUCUGGUACAUUCAAGAAUAAAAAAAAAUCCCUACCAGAAUUGCUGCAUUUCAUAAUGAAGAAAAUUAGUCUCAAGACCAUUCGUAAAUCUUUUAACUUAAAUAAAAGCAAAGAUGACAGUGACUUUGUUGUGGUUGCACAGCCAUCAUUAAAUGAUUUUGGAAAAGAUGACUCCUUGUUUGCUAGCUGUUAUAGUAAAGAUUUGACUACCUGUGACAUCAAUGGUGAAGAUGAGAAAGGUGGCAAAAACAGAUCAAAGAGCGAAAGCUUAAUGGGUACAUUAAAAAGACGACUUUCAGCAAAACAGAAGCAAAAAGGUGGAAAGGGCAGCACGCCAUCCGUGAGCUCUGCUGAUGAAGAUACCUUUUCUUCUUCUUCUGCUCCAAUAACUUUCAAAGAUGUAAGAGCUCAAAGACCUCUUCGGUCCACAUCCCUCCGAAACCACCAUUAUAGUCCAACACCAUGGCCACUUCGGCCAACAAACUCAGAAGAAACAUGUAUAAAAAUGGAAGUGAAAGUAAAGGCCUUGGUCCACUCUACAAACCCAAGCCCUGCGCUGAAUGGCGUACGCAAAGAUUUCCAUGACUUGCAGCCAGACAGCAGGUUCCAUGAACAAAACAGUGCAUUCAAAAGUACAGAAUCUCAGAAUGGAGAUUUGCAUCUUCAUAUUGAUGAACACGUGCCUGUAGUUAUUGGACUUAUGCCUCAGGACUACAUUCAGUACACUGUGCCUUUAGAUGAGGGAAUGUAUCCUUUGGAAGGAUCACGUAGUUACUGUCUGGAUAGUUCCUCACCCAUGGAGGUUUCAACUGUUUCUUCUCAAAUGGGUAGUAGUACAUUUCAUGAAGAAGAGGUUUCAGUGAAUCAAGACAUAGUAGUUGCUCCGGAUAUCUUUGUGGACCAAGCAGUAAAUGGUUUAUUGAUUGGUACAACAGGAAUCAUGUUGCAAAGUCCAAGAGUUAAUGAUGUUCCCCCACUCUCGCCAUUGCUACCUCCAAUACAGAAUAAUCAAAUCCAAAGGAACUUUAACAGCCUGAAUGGCACAGAUGUCCAUGUGGCUGAAAGUAUGCGCUGCCAUUUGAAUUUUGAUCCUAACUCUGCACCAGGAGUUGCAAGAGUCUACGAUUCUGUACAAAAUAGUGGCCCGAUGGUUGUAACAAGUCUCACAGAGGAACUUAAAAAAUUGGCAAAACAAGGAUGGUACUGGGGCCCGAUCACACGAUGGGAAGCAGAGGGGAAAUUAGCUAAUGUUCCCGACGGUUCAUUUCUUGUGCGAGACAGCUCUGAUGACCGUUACCUUUUAAGUCUGAGUUUCCGUUCUCAUGGUAAAACACUUCAUACUAGAAUUGAGCAUUCAAAUGGUAGGUUUAGCUUUUAUGAACAACCCGAUGUGGAAGGACAUACUUCUAUAGUUGAUCUAAUUGAACACUCGAUUAGGGACUCUGAAAAUGGUGCAUUUUGCUAUUCGAGAUCUCGAUUACCUGGGUCUACAACUUACCCAGUGAGACUAACCAAUCCAGUAUCUCGUUUCAUGCAAGUGCGUUCCUUGCAGUACCUGUGUCGUUUUGUUAUACGUCAGUAUACCAGAAUAGAUCUGAUUCAGAAACUGCCUUUGCCAAACAAAAUGAAGGAUUAUUUACAAGAAAAGCACUACUGAAGGCUUAUGGGAAACUUGCAGCUUGCACUUUGGGAAUUACAACAACAACAAAAAAGAGUGGUUGAUACACAGUUUACAAACUUAAUUAUGACUAGGGUUUUUUUGCUGCCAUAAUUUCAUUUUUGUGCAUAAAGAAGAGUAAUGCAUUUUGAGUUUAAUGGAUAUUUGGGAUUUUUCUUUUUUUUUAAAAUGAUCUCAAAGGGUUUUUUAGAAGAGUAAAAUAACUAUCUUUCAUUCAGUGUGCAAAAUAAUCACAAUGUGAAUGAUAAAUAUUGUCCUUAAACUCCCCAUCUCCUUUGCUGCUAAUCCACUGUGAUUUUUAUGCAUUUGAAGCACAUUUCAUGUGUUUUCAACCGUAAGUAAAAAAUUGAAACUUGAUGGGAUAUAUUUUGUCAUUUUCAAAUAGUCUGGGGUUAUUAUUAUUUUUUUGUUCUUAAUUUAAAAAUAAAGUUUGGGGUAAAAUAUACUGGUGUACCAAACUUGGAUACAUGCUUAAAAUGAUUCCCUAAUAUCUAAUUAAAAACAUAUAACUGUGGGUUGGAGGGAAUAUGUGAUCCAAUACAGUUAUGCAUCAUACAUUUUGAAAGCUUCCUUUCUCCUAAGCAGUUCCAUUAUUGCAAAUGUUGCUUUGUUUCUUUUGUUCAUUCUUAAGCAUUUUUAAAUUUGAAAAUAGCCUUUGAAAAAUAUCUGUAAAAUGAAUACUGGAAGUCAUUAAUAAUAAUGAAGCAAAAAGCUAAAUAUACUUAAAACAUUUAAAAAAUUUUUGAAGGGAUUAUAGAAAUCUGAUUUAAAUAAAACUAUUCAGGUAAUUUCAGAACUGUGAGAUUUGUCUCAACUGAAUUUUUUUUAAAUUAUGUGGCACUGAAUUUAAAAAUACAGGUAGUCUUCAACUUACAACCAUUUGUUAAGCAGCCAUUUGAAGUUAUGACCCUGAAAAUCCUGACUUACAACUGGUCCUUGAAGUUAGGACCACCAUAGCAUCCCCAUUGUCACGUGAUCAAAAUUUGGUUGCUUGGCAUGUAUUCACAACUGUUGGAUAAUCCUGGGGUCAUGUGAUCACCAUUUGGGGCCCACCCAGCUAGCUUUUGACAAGCAAAGUCAUGGGGGGAAGCCAGAUUCAGUUAAUGACCCCACGGUUCACUUAACUGCAGUGAUUCUCUUAAUAACGGUUGCAAAAAAGAUAAUGACAUUGGGCGGAACCACAACCUCACUUAGCAACAGAAAUUCUGAUUCCAGUUGUGGUUGUCAGUCGAGGACUACCUGUAUCCUGUAAUUACUACAACAAUUGGACCUUAAGUAGCUCAUCUUAACAGGAAUUUAAAUUCCAUUAAUUUUCUUGGAUGAGGUAAACCACAUGUAUAAUCUUUUCCCAUGGAAAAUGAUGAGAUUAAGAAGUACUUAACCUUGAUAGAAUAUGGCCUCAGUUUCAAAUGUGCUUUCCUUUAUUGUUCAGUGUUAAUUUGCCAUCAUUAUAGUUUAGUUUAAUUGGCAAGUGAAAAGAACCUAAAUUAACCCCCAAAUAUCAUUCUUUAAAUAAAAAUGCACGUUUUAAAAGUAAAGACAGUGACAUUAAAUAGCAAAAUAGUCACCAUAGGAAAUAUUCAAGUGCAUUACCAUUUUCAUUUCUACAAAUUCUUAUUUGAAAAAAAGGAAAAUCCGUACAAUUUUGUAAUUGGAUACUUGUAAGGGAUAAUCUGCCAGGAACAACAGGAUUUCCAUAGCCUCCAUAUAUUGUUUUCUCUCACUUUAGUGGGGUCUGCAUAGGAGAAAUUCCCAAUGAAUUGGAAGGCCUAUAAAUGAGGCUGUUUUACAGCCUUGACUCAGUCUUGACAACCACCUUCACCUCUUUUGAUGAAAAAUUGGGGAAAGUUGAUGUUAAUUGGCUCCAUUGCCUCCAGUAGGCUUUAAGUCUGAUGGUGUUGUUUUGUGUACGUUUUUGUAGGAAAAAAAUGCCAAUAGGUUUAUAAAGAAAUUACAGCCUAACUGUUUAAAAAUAUUUGUGGUCAAAAGACUAUUUCUGCAAGUUGUUCCAUGAUGAACAUUAUACUGUGGAAGCAAAGUAUUCUUAUGUUUAUAAGAGUUUCUGUGAACCAAAAUCUUAACAAAUAGGAAACUGUAUUCUGAAAUUUCUGAAUAAAAUCAUGCAAUUUGAGAGUGUGUUUUAAAGUUACAGAAAUUAGUUUGUGCCACUGCAAUGUGUCUUUCAUUUAUUUUAUUUUUUUGCAUUUUUGUUUGCAUUUUUCUCAUUUGAAUACUGAAUAUUUUGCUGAUUAUUAAAAUAUUUAAAGGGUGAUGAAAAUUUGAGAAAUCUUUAUUUUGGGGUAUUUCACUCUUGCUUCUUCUACCUGUUUUGUGGGGGGCGGGGGCGGGUUUGAAUGAAUUUAUACAAUUACUAUAUGAAGGUGUUGCAGUGGCCUGACAUCUUGUGUUGUGUGAGUCAAUAUGCUAAAUUUCUAUUUUUUAAAAAAAUAUUUUUAGAUCAUAAUGUUUAAGAGAGUAUCAGAGACGAAAUAUGUCUUUUGCUCUGGGAUAUAGAGGGGGAAACAGCUCUCUUACCAAGUUACAGAAUAAUAGAUUUUGAAAAAUAAAUUAUAUAAAGAGAGAUGUUCUUAAAUUCCUGGGCAAAAUUUUUCUAUAUAUGUGUGUAUCUUGGCUUUGCCAUUCUGAUAUUUAUGCAAAAUCUUCAUUUUUGUUUCUUAAUUUUUACUCCCAAGCAAGAUUACAAAUUUUAUAUAUAGAAGGCACAAUGAUAUAUGAUGGUACCAUGUUUUGCCUAAUGAAGAAAACAAUUUUUUUUUUCUACAGUAGGAAAGUACAUGUGAGAGUAAAAUCCCCGUCUCUAAGAUAUGUCAAAUAAAGGACUGUUUAGUUAGUGGUAGACGAAGAAAGUUCUCUGGAGUAACUAAUGUAUAUUAUGACAAAAAGUUUUUAAAGUCCCAGUGUUUAACAAAGAAUGAUAUGAGGGACUAUGAUGGUAUUACAAUUCCAUAUUUAGAUUUUUAAUAGCCCAGUCAUAUUUCUGGAUAUAUGGUAAGACACUGAACCUGCUUGCUAUAGUUGUCACCAUCUUUUUACAUCUUCAGUUCAUAUUUAAAAUAUGUUCUUGUAUUGCACGCCUAGUCUAUCCCUCACAGAACAGACAAGUUUUUCUCAUUAUAUAGAACUAGGAAAGACACCAUCCCCAUCCCGGGGUGAAAUGCUACCAGUUCGGGCGAACCAGUAUUUUUGACAAUCAGCUGUGCCAAGCAAUUUAUAUUCACUAGAAAGCAGGAAAUCCUGCUUUCUAGUGAACCUAAAUCGUGCACCACAGCUGUCCUGUUCCCCACUCCCCACUGUUCUACUUACCUUAGAAAAGCCUUCUUAAGCCUCCUUUUUCAGCGCUGUGUGGUAGCGUCUGUGGUGUGCAUGCACGUAAAGCACAUGUUUGGUGCGUGCUGCGCAUGCGUGUGCACAGAGUACCGGUAACAGACCUCGAAGCAUUUCACCCCUGCACCAUUCGUUAACAAAAUGGCAUGUGAAUGAGAAGGUCCUUCUUUAGUAACCUUUCUGUCUGUCAUUCAUUUUCCAGAGAGCCGGACUGGAGUAGCUACACCCAGUGUCAUGCACUAGUCCCUCAUUCACUGAACAAUAACAAAUAAAACCAACAGCAGGAAUGAGCCGUGAGCCACCUGCAUUUAGCCGAACAAGAAUUGUACAUCAGUAGGAACAGAUCUAUUUUGUUCUUCUAGGCCAAGGGUGUCAAAAUCGCGACAUCAUGUCGUCAUGUGACGUAUCAUAACUUUUUCCCUUAGCUAAACCGGGGGUGGGCAUGGCCAGUGUAUGAUGCAUCUGGCCGCAAGUUCAACACUCCUGUUCUAGGCUGAUGAACAGCCUAGCAAAAGCAAUGCUAUCUUUGUUUUCUGCUUUGGUUGGCUGUGGCAGCGACUGGUUAGGUAGAAGGUUGGGAAACACUUGAGAAAUAAUCCACGUAGGUCUUCUGGGUGGCAGCUCUUUAAGGUAGUAAGACAAACAGCUAUUGAUAAUUGCUUUGAACAUCCUAAUCUUCAUUGUGCCAGUUAAGACCUCCGCUGUAUCUCUCCUUCUCUCUCUUUUUCUCUCUAAGUGGUACGUUGCACAUUAGAUUAAAAAAAGAAUGGAAAAUUCUGCAAUGACUUGAUUGAAAAUUUCAUGAAAAAUUUCUUAUGAAUUGCCUUCUCUUGUUCAUUUAAUCAUUGUAGAAAGCACACAUACUUUGCCAUGCAUAAUUAUACUUUGCUUUCUGUUCUUCUGCCUAUUUCUGUUAGCAAGUGCUGCUUUAUUCUGUGUGACAAUUCAGAACAACUGAAACAUGGAAAUAACGUGUUUACAAAAAGUGCUGCAACAAAAUGGUAUUUUUCUCUCAAAUAUUACAUUGCUUGAGCAAACGCGCAGCUCAUGUUGGAAAACACAUAGGCUGUUACAUGUUUAUAUUUAGUACAUUUUAAGAAGAAAUGUUUAUAUAUAUGAAAAUGGGCACCCUCAAAAUGGGAAACCUUAGUUGCCUAACAUUUCUUGUAACACAAUGAGAAAUUUAGAUUCUAUGAACGUUUUUAUGCUAUUGAAAUGUUGACAGAAGAAACAAGUCCAUUCUGACUAUUGAUAUAAACCCAAAUUGAUUGUUUAAUUAAUUUUUAAAAAUUUAUUAUAACCUGCAUGUUAGCCUAGUUUAAAUUAAUAAAUGCAAUUGGAAAAUAUUAGUAACAUAAUUAAAAAAAAAGAUUUCAGUAGAUUAACAGAAAAAUAACAAAAAAAUCACUGUGUUACAAAGUUAAUCAUAAAAAUAAGGCAAUAACAAAAAUUGCUUUUAUGGUUGCAUUUCUCUGUAUUCAACUAACAAAAAAGUUAUUUUCUAAUGAGAGCGGCAGUGAAAAAAAUGAGUCUACAGUGAUCAAUUUUUGUAGAUUUUGGGAGAAAUAAAUGGCCAACUCAGCCUACAUGCGUACCAGUAGUGGGUUUCACUUACCUUCGCUACUGGUUCGGAACUGUGUGUGCGUGUACUUCGCUCACAUGUGGUGCUUCUGCGCAUGCAUAAAAUUUACUGCGCAUGCGCAGACUGUCCAUGAUGACAUCCAGGUGGGUGGGCGGAGCCUCCUGCCACCCCGAACUGGGAAGGAUUGGUAGAAACCCUCUACUGAUGCACACUUAGGUAGAAGAAUUCAGAUUGAUUUCAAAAAUAAGAGAAUCUUUCUUUAAAAAUUAGCCAAAUCUUUUAAUAGAUUAAAUUGUUAGAAGCAACAGAUACUUUCAGUGUUGCUGAGAUAUAUCUGUCUGUCUUAUCUAGAUAUUAUCGAAUAAAUUAGAAAAUUUUGAAUUAAAAUGUUUCAGAAAUAGCAUAUGCAAGGCAAUAGAGAUGAAAAGCUGAUCUAUCUUAUCUAUCUGUCCGUCCGUCUGUCUGUCUAUCGGAGAGAGAGAGUGUGUGUUAUAUAUACUUACCUGUGAGGCAGAAAUUCUGGCACAUUGGUUCAUGGACAAGCAGCAAGUUUCUGUUUCUCUUCAUAUAUAUAUUAGCCAAUGCUUUACAUUUGGUCUAUAAAUAGAGUGCCGUAGUCUAAAAUGUUACUUGGUUCAGUAUUUCCCCCAAACCACACAAAGGGAUAUUUCGUAUUGUCUGUUCAUGAGGCAAACAUACAUAUUUAAUCCAUAAAUCUUACACACCAAGUAUAAGGCUGCUUUUACAUGCAGCUCAUGCCUUCUCUGAUUAUCAGCAGUGGACGUAAUGUCUUACAGGAAUUCAUUGAACAGAGCCAAAACAAUGGUUUUCAUAUUUCAAGGAUCUUGUAACACAGCUUGUAAAGAGCAUCAUGAUAAACUUCAAAGGAUGUUUCACCUAAACCCAGGUCUUUGAUGUGUGGAAUUUCCAUUUUUCCAAUGGAAAAUCUUACGUAUCAUAGAAUUGGAAUUAAAAUUAGUGAAGAUCUCAAUAUAUUGCAUAACAUCUGUAACUGCAAAAAUAGUAUUUGCCUUUUGCAAAGCAAUUACUUUUAGAUUGGAUUGCUCAAGAGAAAGGGAAUGCAAAUUCCAGCUACUAUUAUCAGUUAAUUUAUUAUCAGAUAAUUUACUACUAUCCCUAAAUUUACAUCUUAGAUCACUGAGUAGAAGGGAAGUUUGAUAGAGUUGGAGAUUCAGAUGAUGUUUAGAAAUAUUGUUCAAUAUAAGUUUUGAAUAAUGAUCACAUAGUCUAAUUUUACCCAAGUGAUCUUCUGGGGAAAAAAGGGGGAUUAAAAUGGAGCUUUACUUACCUCCAUCCUGUGGUCAAUAUUUAGUUCUGGAGAUAAAAUCUUGUAAACCCAAGAAUGGGAUUUUUUAAAAAAAGCCACAGGUAUCUUUAUUGUUCAUCAAGGUGCUUAUCUCCUUAUGAAGCCUAAUUGGUGAAUUUUACAAAACAUGCUGUUUUUCAGAGAAAUGCAUUUCUUGAUAUGUAAAUAUUGGAAUUGUUAAAUAAAACCAAAAUACCAGCAAUAUACUGACUGUGAAUUCCAGUAAGGAAUGGUCUCCAGCCACAUAACUGAAAUUUUUAAUAAGCUAAAAGAUUAUUACAUCAGCAAUCACUAGUAUUGUAAAAUGUUAUAAAAUAUGAAUUAAACAUUUGUUGACAAAAGUUGGGAUAGUUCCUUAAAAAAAACUGUAAAGUUUGAAGUAUUUGGAAAAUAAUCCAAACUUUUUAUCCAAUAAUGGGGUGGGAGGGGGAAUUCUUAUCACAUUUUGUAUUAUUGUGUAUUGGGGGGGAAAUUUUUAUAGUGGUGGUGGAGUGCCAUGAAAAUAAUACUUAAAAUCCAGAUUGCUGUAGUUUACACUUUUCUGUAUGUUUCAAUAAUGUGUGCACUAUUUGUAUUAAGCACACAACAGAAUGAAUUAUCCAAAGUCCAUUGAUUUUAAAUGUGUUUUGGUUUGUUAAAAAAGAUUAUAGUAAUUUCUUGCACAUUUUUUGAAAAAAAUUGUAUAAGAAUUUAUGUAUCUGCUUCUAGAUACAGUGUGUAAAUAAAAAAAAAACAUUCACAAAAGUCUUUGGUGGAUAUUUUAAUGAAAUGUCAAAGAUUGCGUAGGCCCCUCCUCUCCCUCCCAUAAUUGGCAGGAAAAAAAUUGUUCUGCUUCACAAUGGAUUUAUUUGAGUUCUAACCUCUAUGCAGAUUCUUAGUAUCCUAAAAGAUUAUUGGAUGGCAUUGGGAAAUUGGAUGGCAUUAAAAUUACACCAAAUAUAGAGCCGUUUCACAAAACCUGAGAAGAAAAGUAUGGAGAUUCUGCAGUGUGUAAGCCAAAUUCAAUUUGUUAGCCCUUCACUCUUGGUUUUAUUUUACUCAGCCUUAUACUUCUGAGAUCGGUAAAAUUAAGACCCAGAUUGUUGGGUCCAUAUGCCAACUCUCAGAGGUGGUAUUCACUUAUUUUCCCCUACCGGUUCGCAAAUGUGAGCUUGUGCCCAGCCACACAUGCACCCAGCCUUCCGUGCAUGUGCUUUGUUGCCCCACACGCCUUACGUGCAUG